AUGGGUGAUGCAGUUGCAGUAGCAGAAGAAGAAAAAGAAAAAGAAAAAGAGCGUAAGGGAUCAGUUAGGAAGUCCAGACAGAGGUCUGAGCCCGAUUUGUUAUCCUCAAUAACCACGCCCCGGAAGCGUUGCCCGCGAGCUACUCGGACAAACUCGCUGCCAGAACGCCUUUCGCCGCCGCGGGCAGAUGCAUUGAAUUCAAACCAGGAAGAUGCGUGCCCCAAGCAUCAAAGACAGGUCAGCCAAGGUUGGCGAGAAGCAAAGCCGCUUACCCUCAGCGACCACGGAAAGGAUAGUCAUCAGAAUUUCAACAUUGGCAGCAAGAAUCGACAUAGAAGCGGCGCAAUAGAGAAGGAUGGGCGGCUACGCAUCACACUCGAUAACACAGCUUAUACGGGCUACCUCGUCAACGCCCUGGGCACCACCUUGAGCACGACCAGCACGAGAGAGGGUGGCGAGAAGAUACAACAUGAUACCACGCAUCCUUCGGCAUCGGCGAAUCCCAGGAAAAUCUUGACGCGACAGCGGCUGAACAUCGUCAUCAUGAUCGUUGGAUCCCGAGGUGAUAUACAGCCUUUUCUAAAGAUUGGGAAAAUCCUCAAAGAGGAGCAUGGACACCGCGUGCGCAUCGCUACGCACCCGGUGUUCCGCGACCUUGUGGAGAAAGACUCUGGCCUUGAAUUCUUCUCUGUCAGUGGCAAUCCAGCGGAGCUCAUGGCCUUUAUGGUUAAGAAUCCAGGUCUGCUCCCUAGUUUUGAGACCAUCAUGGCAGGGGAUGUCAGCCGGCGACGAGCGGCUAUGGCGGAGAUGUUUGACGGGUUCUGGCGUGCAUGCAUUGAUGCCACGGACGGCGAUCAACUUUGGGGCACCAAAGAACCGUUCGUGGCGGAUGCAAUCAUCGCUAAUCCGCCGAGUAUUAUGCAUGUUCAUUGCGCUGAGGCACUGGGAAUCCCCCUGCAUAUCAUGUUCACAUUUCCCUAUACCCCAACCCAAGCUUUCCCCCAUCCGCUUACUUGUAUUAAGAAUUCUGAUAUGGAUGACGGGUACACGAACUUCAUUUCGUAUCCGCUGGUGGAGAUGGUGGUUUGGCAGGGACUCGGCGACCUGGUAAAUGAAAUCCGCACUACUACACUGCGGCUAGACCCCGUCUCGACCGUUUGGGCCGUGGGCGCAGCAUAUCGAAUGCACAUUCCCUUUACGUACUUGUGGUCUCCGGACCUGGUACCGAAGCCGGAAGACUGGGGGAGCGAGAUUGAUAUUGCGGGGUUUGUCUUUCUCGAUCGUGCCACGUCGUUCCAGCCCUCAAGGGAGCUUGAAGCCUUCCUCGCCGCUGGUGAGCCCCCCAUCUAUAUCGGGUUCGGAUCUAUUAUCGUCGAUGACGCGGACCGGUUUACUCGGAUGAUCUUUAAGGCGGUCGAGAUGGCUGGAGUGCGAGCCUUAAUCUCCAAGGGCUGGGGCGGACUUGGGCUUGACAAUGAGGAUCAUCCGGAUAUCUUCAUGCUCGGCGACACCCCACACGAUUGGCUCUUCCCACGGGUCUCAGCCUGUGUAAUCCAUGGUGGCGCUGGGACAACGGCUAUUGCUCUCAAAUCUGGGAAGCCCACCAUGAUUGUGCCGUUCUUUGGCGAUCAGUAUUUCUGGGGCAAAAUGGUCAGCAAAGUACAAGUUGGCCCACGACCUGUUCCGUACAAGGAACUAGAUGAAGCCAAGCUGGCCGAUGGCAUCAAGUACUGUUUGACCGAGACAGCUCAAGCGGCGGCGGUGAGAAUGGCUAUGGACAUUGCAAAGGCAGGCGAUGGAGGCGUGAACGCCGUCCAGAACUUCCACCGACAGCUAGAUCUUGCGACUUCUAGCGCCAUGCAGUGCUCCAUUCUCCAAAACAGGGUGGCUGUUUGGCAGAUUAAAGGGACCAACGUGAAGCUCAGCGCCCUGGCGGCGGAUAUACUUGUGGCUCACGGGCUGCUAAGCUGGAAACGCCUGAGGGUUCUCCGGUAUGUUGAGUGGAAUGACGUUGAGGGUCCGGGCGAACCCCUCACGGGGGUCGCAAGUUCUCUUGCGAGAAGCGUUGGUUAUGCUGUCUACGGGAUCGGAGCCAUUCCGUAUCAUCUGGCGCAGAAGGCACACCACUCGAUGGUCAAGGCGAAGUGGAAGAUGAAGCAACUCACCCAUCUAGCCAACGCGAAUGCCUCGAAUCCUACACAAUCCACGCCUCUAAGCGCCGACCACCCCACGGUCCGCGAAAAGGCGGACCGUUGUGCUUGCAAAGUGAGAAAGGAGGUAGAAAGAGUAGCCACCGCCAUUUUGAUGGCACCUGUGGACCUCGCAAUGGCACUGGGGCAGGGCUUUCACAAUGCUCCUCGCCUCUAUGGAGACGACACUGUGCGCCGGCCCCUUCGUGUGACGGGUUACCAUUCCGGCCUUCGUGCCGCGGGUCACGAGUUCGUCUUCGGCGUCUAUGACGGGUUUACGGGCGUGAUACGUCUACCAGUCCGUGGAGCGAAGGAUAAUGGCAUGUUUGGCUUCAUGAAAGGGACUGGCAGGGGCUUAAUGGGGUUGGUUCUGAAAAAUCUGUCGGCCGUGAUGAGCCCGAUCGCGUACACUCUCAAGGGCAUAGUUAGGGAGGCUGAACGAUCUGGGAGCCCCCAGAUGAUCGUUCACAGGACACGCAUCACACAGGGCCAGAGGGAACAUGAGGCGCUGCCGAGCGACUCACGGAGAGAGCUCACCGAGCGGGUUGUGGCUGGCUGGAUCACCCUGAAGAAUCUAUGCGAUGUCAUUGCGGACCUGAAGCGCAAGCCGCACCUCAGGGCCCGAAUUGACAUGGCGCUGACAGAUACAGGAGUAAUUUUCGAGAGCGUGGAUAUUGCUGAGAGGUCGUUGGGGGCGUUAAAGAGAUUAAACAUUUAA